UAAAGGUGGUUUUGCUUCCAUGGGAUGAGCAGACCACACUGAUCCCAUGGGAAAUGCUCUUUUUCAGGGGUGACACGCGACACAAGAGGGGUUUUUCCCCUUACUGGAUAUUUGAUUAUUUUACUUGUCACUAAACUCUUUUGCCCGCUCUCUUGUCACUAAACUCCAAUUUUUGACCCUUUGAAGCUUAAAAAUCCAUGUCUGCAACACCCCUCACCAUUAAUAAUUCUCUGCUGUUGUGCUGCAAGAAACUCACGGACAGAUCCCUAGGGAUGGACCCCCAGGGAAAAAUUCCCAGGGAAGAGCCUAUUUUAAAGUCCUGUGGCUCAGUUUACCCGGAGGGGGUGACACAGGAGCCUUUCAUAGAUUCUGAGUGACAUCCAGAACCUUAAAUUUAGCAGCUGAUCAGCCCUCAUGGCACAGACAGGGCACGAUCCAAAGUAUGCCUGAAUCAUCCUUGAGAACUCUGAAUUCCGAGAUUCAAGACAGGGAAUCAGCAGGAAAAUGAGGAUGUUUUGGCCUGAAAAUGCUGGACACCAUCAGCAGCCAGUACGACUCCUUCAUCUACUGGAGGAUGCCGAUCCCGCGGCUGGACAUGGCCGAGCUGGAGGGGCUGGGGCUCGCAGACAUGGCCCUCUACAAGCCCAAGGGAGGGCUGGGCAAGCUCGGGGACCGGGGCAGCCAGGACGUCUCCCAGGAAGAGGACAGUCUGCUGCAGUUCAACAGCUUUAACUUCUGGCGAGCUCCCAUUGCCAGCAUCAGCUCCUUAGAUUUCGAUUUAAUUUGAAGCCCUUCCCGCCCCUCCUCACCACCCCGCUCUCUCUCUUUCCGCCAGGCAUGCCAGGGUUUGGUUCUGUUGUCACUUUGGAGGCUGUUGGGUUGGGUUUUUGUUUUUUUGGUUCGUGGGCAGUUUUGCCAUCGCUAAUUCACUCAGCAGUUCACCGCAGCCUUGACGGUGAUGGGCUCCCCGAAAAUCUCCGACCCCUCUCCCCUUUUUCCUCCUGGAAUCACAAGGGUGCAAGGGGGGGUAACAGCACCGGGGGCAAACACCAGGGGAGGGGGCAGAAACAUCCCCCCCAUUGCCCCUCUCUGUUUGGUGCCACCCCCACCCCGUGUCAGUGUGACCACGGCUGUCCCCACCCUGUGUGACAAUUCCUCAGCUCAUUUCUCAUGUGCUUUUUUAAGAAACUCAUUUGUGCAAAUGGGGCGCCGGAGGAGCAAUGGGAAUCGCCCUGGUUUCACAGGAAGCAGCGACCCUCUGCACUCCCCUGGCCCAAUUUCUCAAAAAUCUGCUUUGUCCCUCAACCUUCCCCUCGGGAAUGUGAGGUGGAAGGGGCAGGGAUGCGCCCAAGAUAUCAGCACAAACCUCCUUCUCACAAAAAACCAAUCACUUUGAGCCUUGUGCUAUGAGCCCAAGCAGAAAAAAUUAUAUCCAGGAGGGUAAAUAGACAUGGAAAUGCUCUGACCUUGCUUGGUGGGGUCAAGGCUGGGUGUUUACUGCCCCAAAUUUGAUUUUUUUCAUCCUUUAUGUCCCACGUGGUUUACUCCCGGUGCAGCUCCUGACUGGGACAGACGCUGGGUACAUUGUGGGGUCUGGAAGGGUGAUGGGAUGGAGCUGAAAGAUGGAGAAUUUAGUUUGAUCUUACCCCCAAAUGAAAAUAUUUCAGGUUUUCCACCCACUUAAUCAAUCCCUUUAAAAACAACAACAGACAAUGCUGCAUUCAUUCAAGUGGAAGCCUUGAGUUUUCUCUGGGGAGAUUUUCACCUGCUGAGAUUUAUUUCUGAGCAUCAUCUCAAGAUGGUGGGGGGGUGGAAAACCCAACCUGGAAUAAUUUUUGGCUUUUAAUCGGGUUUUUUUCCCUCCCCAAGAUUGUUUUCUGGGAUUGGUUUGUCUUCUUGAAUGUGCUUUUUUUGGGUUUGAUUGGGAUGAAGUGAUGUAGAGCAUCCCAAAAUCAUCCUGAGAGCUGAGGGGUAUGUGGCUGGGGGCAGGCUGAGACAGCACUUAAAAAGUGCCAGAAAUGUGCAAAAAUCAGAAAAAAAAUCUGCAUUCUACUAUGAAAAUUGGAUGCAGCUCUCCUGUAAUCUCCAGAAAUAAUCCAGUGUGCUGAUUUUGAACCAUCUGUGUAAAACCAGAGGUGAAAAAUGUAAACUCUCCUCUGCAGAGCUGCUUGACUUCUGUGUUCCCACCUAGGAAAACCUGCAGAAGUAUUUAUUAUGAAACUUUAAAUAAAAUCCGUUAAAAACAUA